UCCGCAAUCGCCUCUUGUUCUCUCCCCUCACCUCCUCUAUCGUCUCUCAUCAUGGUCAAGGCCGUCGUUCUCGGUGCCGCAGGUGGUAUCGGCCAGCCCUUGUCGCUGUUGCUCAAGACUAACCCUUCCGUUACUGAGCUGGGUCUUUACGAUAUCGUCAACACCCCAGGUGUCGCCGCAGAUCUGUCUCACAUCUCGACCCCUGCGAAGGUCGUCGGUUACCUUCCCCCUGAUGAUGGUUUGGCCAAGACCCUCCAGGGUGCCGAUAUUGUCGUUAUCCCUGCUGGCGUCCCUCGUAAGCCAGGACUGACUAGGGAUGAUCUUUUUAAGAUCAACGCGGGCAUCGUACGCGACCUUGCCACCGGUAUUGCGAAGACUGCCCCCAAGGCCUUCGUCCUUGUCAUCUCCAACCCCGUGAACUCCACUGUUCCCAUCGUCGCUGAGAUUUUCAAGCAGCACGGCGUCUUUGAACCCAAGCGCCUCUUCGGUGUCACCACGCUCGAUGUCGUCCGCGCGUCAACAUUCGUGGCUGAGGUCCUCGGUGACCUGGGCAAGGCACCCUCAAUCAGCGUCCCCGUCGUCGGCGGCCACAGCGGCGUUACGAUCGUGCCCCUCCUCUCGCAGUCCUCGGCCGCGCUCCCGUCCGGCUUCGCGCAGGGCGAUCUCGAGAAGCUGACGAACCGGAUCCAGUACGGCGGCGACGAGGUCGUGAAGGCCAAGGACGGCGCGGGCUCCGCGACGCUCUCGAUGGCGUACGCCGGCGCCGAGUUCGCGAGCAAGGUCAUCCGCGCUAUCAAGGGCGAGAAGGGCAUUGUCGCCCCGACGUUUGUCCACCUCGCGUCCGAUCCCGCGGGCGGCGAGGCGCUCAAGAAGGAGAUCGGCAAGGAACUCGAGUACUUCUCGGCCCCUGUCGAGCUUGGCCCUGAGGGUGUCGCAAGCAUCAAGCCCCUCGGCAAGCUUACCGACUACGAGAAGACCCUUGUCGAGGCUGCGCUUCCUGAGCUCGCCACCAACGUCGAGAAGGGCGUCACGUUCAUCUCUGCCUCGAAGCUCUGAGCAGUGUAGCAUUACUUAUCAGCGACAAAAGUUAAAGCAAAUGUAGAAUUAGUCAGGAACGUAACAUGAUCUGGUCGCAUAGAACGACCUUAGUCGCCCAGUGGCUCUGCCGC